AGGGAGCAUCAUUCCUCUCACUCUGUCAGCGUUACUUCUGCCAGAGAAACAGCCCUAGCCAAAGGCUGCGCCACCGCGUUCCCACUCUCGGCUCCCUGCUCUUCGAUCUCACCUCAUGGCGGUGCUGCAGUUCUUCCCUCCUUUCUCGCCCGUCGUCUCCGCCAAGAUCCACGCCGUCGUCCUCUUCAAUAUCUGCGACUGCUAUGUCCGUCGCCCCGACCAGGCCGACCGCGUGAUUGGAACCCUCCUCGGUUCCGUUUCUGAUGGCGUCGUCGAGAUCAAAAACUCCUACGCAGUUCCUCACAACGAGUCCGCCGACCAGGUUGCAUUAGAUGUCGAUUACCAUCGCAACAUGUAUUUGUCUCACCUAAAAGUUAAUCCCAAGGAAGUACUUGUUGGAUGGUUUUCGACUGGUUUUGGUGUUUCGGGUGGUAGUGCCUUGAUACAUGAAUUCUAUGUAAAAGAACUUAAAGAAGCACAAAGUUCCAUUCCACCUAUCCAUCUCACUGUUGAUACAAGGUUCAAAAAUGGGGAGGCAUCCAUAAAAGGUUAUGUCUCUUCUAAUUUGUCUCUUGGAGAUAGACCACUUGCUGCACAAUUUCAAGAAAUUUCCUUGGAUUUGAGGAUGAUUGAAGCAGAACGGGUUGGAUUUGACAUUUUGAAGACAACUGCUGUUGAUAAGCUCCCUAAUGAUCUCGAAGGAAUGGAAGCUUCAAUGGAGAGAUUGUAUUCUCUGCUCGAUGAGAUUUACAAAUAUGUUGAUGAUGUUGUGGAGGGACGAGUAACCCCAAAUAAUGAUAUCGGGAGAUUUCUGGCGGACACAUUGGCUUCAGUUCCAAGAAUGUCAACAGCAGCUUUUGACAAGGUCUUCAAUGACAAGAUUCAGGACAAUCUAGCUUUAGUUUACUUAUCAAGCCUCGUUAAAACACAACUCGGCAUUGCAGAAAAGUUGAAUACGGCCGCUCAGAUAUUGUAAAUCAUCAGUGGUUUUGCAAUUAAGAUGCUGACGUUUUGAUGAAGUUUUCUUGUGCUGACCAUCAUCCUUGUUAAUAGAGUGAUGUUGCCUAGUUAUUGACAUUGUUAUUCUGUCUUCAGCUUCUCGCUCCAAUUGUGGGUAUUUCAUUACCGAGUUGAUUCAAUAUUGUUUAUACUGCAUUUUAUUGAAUCACGCAUUCAAUUUUUACUGCA